AUGGCAGACGCACUUUACGAGCUGCUCGUCCCUUACUUUGACACCUCGGAUGGCGCCCCUCGACCACCUCCGCCAGCAUCGAGCUCGACUACUGCGCAGUAUCUUAAAUACAUACCAACCCUUGAUACGGCUUCUUUAACGUCGACUGAGCUUCAGACGCUCUCGCAGACCUCUCAUUCGAACCUUGUUUCCCUCCAGGCGCUCGCCAACAGAUCACACAAGUCCUUCAUCACAUCCGCAGACAACCACCGAUCACUACAGACAUCCCUUCCACGGCUGGCCACAGAGACACAGCGGCUACGAGAUGCUAUACCGAAGCUGGACGAGGAAGUUGUGUGCUUCUCUUCUACAUACAACAGGAGGAAGAAGGCGCUCCAGCUCGCCAGGAAUGUGGACAGGCUAUCUGAUAUCCUAGAGCUACCGACUCUGCUUUCCACAGCAGUCUCAUCUUCCUCGGGGACUUCGUCAGCCGCCGCCGGGGCCGGUGGGACGUCGUCGAGCAGCCUGUCGAGCAGUUCCAAUUAUUCAGCUGCUCUAGACUUGUUUGCACAUAUCAAGAGGCUUCAGACGCUAUAUCCUGAGUCGCCGUUGGCCAAGGAUAUAUCAAAUCAGGCAGAGGAUGCCAUGAAGGAUAUGACUACCAAUCUGAUCUCUGAUCUUAGAGCUCAGAAUAUUAGACUGGCGCCCGCGAUGAGGGUCAUUGGGUGGCUGCGGCGUAUUGCCCCUGACCUCGAAGAGCCAUCAAGCUCUAACUCAACCAGUGGUGGUGGUAGUAGUAAUGCUGGCGAAGGUGCGUUCGGUGCCCUAUUCCUUGUUUGCCGUCUAGCAAACCUUUUGAACAUGUUAAGCGCUCUUGAACCGCUCCGGGAGCUUGCGGACCAAGAGACUGUCCGGAGACGGCAGAAUGAAACAAAGGGAGAACCUGGCGAAGGGUCAAAGAACACCUGGUCUGGUGGCCAGCAGACGGAGCGGUUCUUGAAGAGAUACAUUGAAAUAUACAGAGAACAAAGCUUCGCAAUCGUGUCCUUGUAUAAGAAUAUAUUUGCACCCAUAUCUUCGGAAUCAGAAACCAGCUCGAAAACCAAACAAGAAACAAGCAAACCACAGUCAGAGAAGGAGGAUGAGCCACUUGAAGCAUUGAUGCUAUCCCAGCUUCCUCCGGCGUUGGCUACAUUCCCGAUGCACCUGGCACAGCUCCUGGCAGAGACUCUGGAGGAAUAUCUGCCGAACGUGAGAGACAAGAGCUCGAGGGAGAGCCUGCUAACACAGGUACUCUACUGUGCAGCCAGUCUGGGGCGACUGGGAGGCGACUUUAGCAUGAUACUCUCCCUGCUGGACACGACCGGAGGAAUGGAGCAGGAUGACGCUGAUGCUGACGCUGAAGCUGUCCCUGAGUGGGAAGAUGCCAUCCGAAAGCACCGCAUCCUAGCCGAGCGUCUGGACCUGUUGACAGCCGGUGGUGAAGCUGCCGGGGCGAAGGGAUCUUCUUCUCUCCGGGCUUCUUCUUCUUCAAAGUGA